UACCAAUGGAAAAGGCCUCUUUUUUGGUAUUUGUUUAUUUUCUGCUUACCAUCUCUAAUGAAAAACAGAUUUGUUCCUCUCCCUUUCAAUGGAGAGUGACAGUAUAGAUCAAUAAUGAGGACCAGCCCUCGCAGGCCCUUAAUUCUCAAAAGACGGAAACUGACCCUCCCACAGAAUGAUGAAUCCAGUACUGCAGCAAGAGAUGAGAACAGAGGUCAGGAUGAAAAGGCUCCUAAGCAGGAGCAUAGGCAGGAAGACCAACACAACAGACAACCCAGAGACAAAAGGGACUGUGGCCUGCAGAAAUUCCCAGCGGGAAUAAAGAUAAUUGACCAUCCUACAAUGCCCAACACACAGGUGGUGGCCAUCCCUACAAAUGCUGAUAUCCAGAGCAUCAUAGAGGCAUUGACAGCAAAAGGAAAAGAGUGUGGCAACAAUGGACCCAACAAGUUCAUUCUCAUUAGCAGUGGGGGCACAUCCCGUUCAGCAGGUCCAGCACCAUCACAGCAUCUCCCAUCAGAGAAGAAAGCCAGUGCAGCCAUCAAGGCUGCAGAUAGUCAAGAAAGAGAGAAGAAUGUUGCACAGACACCUGGUCUUGCAGGCAGUACAGCCCUCUGGCAUUCAGGAGCUGAUCCUGUGGUUGGACAGGAGCAGGAGACCAACAGCAGUGGCGAGACAAUGAACUCUGUGUUGGACAACAGCCUCACCAACAUCCAGUGGCUGGGGAAGAUGAGAUCUGAUGGGCUAAAUCCCUCUUCUGUGAAGGAAGACACAGAGAAAGAGAAUCAGGUGCCUCUGCGGGAAAGAGUCAAGACUGAAGAGGAAGGUGCUGCUGCUGCUGUGUCCUCCUCAUGGCAGGAUUCAGUGUCAGAACGACCUCCUUACUCCUACAUGGCCAUGAUCCAGUUUGCCAUCAACAGCACAGAGAAGAAGCGCAUGACCCUGAAGGACAUCUAUACCUGGAUUGAGGAUCAUUUCCCUUAUUUUAAACAUGUAGCUAAGCCAGGCUGGAAGAACUCCAUUCGGCAUAACUUGUCCCUUCAUGAUAUGUUUGUCCGUGAGACAUCUGCCAAUGGUAAAAUCUCCUUCUGGACUAUUCACCCUGAUGCAAACCGUUGCCUAACAUUGGACCAGGUAUUUAAGCCGCUGGACUCGGGGUCACCAACAUCGCCUGAGUACUCUGAAUCACAACAGAAGAGUCGUCUUCCAGAUCCUCUGAAGAACAUGGCAAGCAAAACUGAACCCCAGAAUUCACGCCGAAAGAUGAAGCCUUUGCUUCCUCGUGUCAACUCCUACCUGGUUCCAAUCCAGUUUCCUUUGAGUCAGCCUCUUGUCUUGCAGCCUUCUGUGAAGAUUCCUCUGUCCAUGGCACAGGGAGCAUCCCUUAACAGCUCGGAGACUUUGCAGAGCAAUAAGCAUAUGCACAUUGCUACAAAGAUGUCACUGUCUGCAGAAGAGUCAUCCUGUUUACCGACACCUGCUGUCAAGGAGGAGGGUCAAUGUGAUGAAGGUUUAUUUCCCCCAACCCAUUCCGUACAGGAGAACAGCUCCCAGCCUGGUGAGGAAUUGUCUUCUUUCUCUGAGGGUGCCUGUAUAAAGGAGGAAGAAAGAUCUCAGCUGGAUCACUGGCUGUCCCCAUUUGCCUCAACUGUAACAGUCAAAGAAGAGCCAAGCUUGUUCCUCCCAGACUCAUCCCCAAAGGAAAGGAAGCAGUUCGCCACACUGAAGUCCCCAUCUAAGGCAGUUUCCGACUCUUUAGUUAUAAAGAGGAGGGAAAGGCGGGAAGUGGGCAGAUCCAGAAGGAAACAACGCCUAGCUCUGCCUUGUUCAGAAGAGCCUGUCCUUGUUUUGCCAGAAAGCAGCAGCUUUGACUCUUUCCGGUUAGGGGCAGACCAUCCCUUCCCCCAGGAAAACCAGCCCCUUGAGAACAUAUCACAGCUCAGCUGCUCACGGGGAGAAGAGGGGGCCUUUAAAACACCAGUCAAGGACAUCUUCAGCAAAUUGCCCGUUUCUUCCACUCCCAGCAAAGUCUCAGCCACUACUACCCCUUCACUAGAGGUCCUUGACCCCUGGAAGUCUGCUUCCUUAGCCAAGGGAAGUCAUGAGCUGGACUUCAGUCCAGUGAAAACACUUCAGUUGCCAUUCACACCCCUCCGGGACAACCAGGACUUGCUGGGUUUUAACAGCACACCGCUUAAAAAUCCUCUCUUUGAUUCUCCUCGUGAACUGCUCAAUACAGAAUCCAGUGACAUGGUUCCCGUGCCCCUCACAAGCUCGCCAGCAUUUAUUCGUGAUGCUUCCAGGCAAUCCUCUGUUGAACUGACAGCCUCUGGCUUUACUGAAAACCGGUCACUCAUGGAGGGCCUUAUCCUGGAUACCAUGAAUGACAGUCUCAGCAAAAUCCUUCUAGAUAUCAGCUUUCCUGGUCUUGAGGAUGAAAAUUUAGGAACAGACAUUAGUUGGUCUCAGCUCAUACCUGAACUGAAAUGAACUGGCCUGGGGACUGAAUUUGACUUGUUCUGAUGUUACAGAAAGCACUCCACUCUUCUAAGAUUCAUUCCUGUAAUCUAAGACAACUGCUUUUGACUAAUUCCCAUAUCCAUGGGAACACAGAUCAUUAUUGACUCCUGCUAAGAUGGGAGACAAGCCCAUCAGCUGCUAUGGGCUUCCUUUACAAGAUGCUGUAGACUUUGAGUGGAACAAGACAAUAGAACUUCUCUAGCCCUGUGCUAGAGAUAGCCUCUCUCCAGGGAUUUUUAUCAUGAGAUUAUCUAGGUAGGCCCUGAAUAGCAUUUGCUAUUCAAGGUAUCAGAGGAAAUGAACACACUCCUCAGUACAAUAGGAAAGAGCCUGGGAACCACC